AUGCUACUUGUCACCCUUAAAGGAGCGCUUAUUGAUUAUCUUAUUACCAAUAAGACCAGUAGCGAUAUUACUAAUUAUAUAUAUGUAUAUAUAUAUUCUCUCUCCGUCUCUGCACAGGUUCGGGAAAUUGAUGAGAUGCAGCCGGAUGGAAGCGUUAUUACACGCAUCAUCACGACGAAACGUAUUGUGGAGCGGGUUACUGAGCGAGUCACCACAGAUAUCCUUACUGAGGGUGAGCUAGUCUCGCAAAUGCCUACAGCAGGCACUGGAUCCGUCAGUUCAACCGAGGGCUUUCCUACUCAAGGUGAGCCGUACUUUAUCAAUACCUCACACUAA